AAAUCCCUUCAGCGAAGUCAGCGCCUCUUGUGCAGUUUUGUUCUACUAAACUGUAAAGCUGUUUCGUGGAAUUUCUUGAAUUUUUCCUUAAAUUUUCACGUGAAUAAUGGCAGGAUCGGCAUCUGAUGAUGUUGUGACCACGAGUUCUGAGACAACGGAGGAGCGUGACGCAAAGAAGGAGGAGGUGGACGAGAAUGGAGCUGAUUCCUCAAGUGGUUCGGACAUGGUGCAGGAGAUUCAAAUGAAGCACCCACUGCAGCACACCUGGUGCUUGUGGUACAUGGAGAACAAUCGCACCAAGAAGUGGGAGGACUGCCUCGUUGAGAUUACCAGCGUGGAGAAUGUGGAGGACUUCUGGAGUCUCUACAAUCACAUCAAAUUGCUGUCUGAAAUGAAAUCCGGGACGGAUUUUAAUUUAUUCAAGAAGGGCAUCAAACCCAUGUGGGAGGAUCAAUUCAACAAGCGCGGUGGCAAGUGGAUGUUGACGCUGGAUAAGUAUCAGCGGCAUACGGAAUUCGAUCGUCUCUGGCUCGAUAUGCUCCUCUGCCUCAUUGGGGAGGUGUUUGACUAUCCAGAUGAGAUUUGCGGAGCUGUGGCCAGCAUACGUGGCAAGGGAGAUAAGAUCUGCGUCUGGACGAGAUCAAGUCAAAACAAGGCUGCCAAUUUGGCCAUUGGACACAACAUACGUGACCGCUUGAAGCUUCCGCCCAACAUGAAGAUCCAGUACGUGCUCCAUGAUACUUCCGCAACCAGCAAGCACGGGAAUGUUAAUGCAGUCUACGAAGUUUAAGAAAAAAACGGAGGGGCUCCCUUUGUUCCCCAACAAAACCUCCCUCAAUACUAUUCUUGAUCAUGGAAUUCUAUUUAACCGAUCUGGGAAAUUUCCCUCUCAUUUGCAAUCGAUAUCACACGAGCGUUUAAUUGAAUAUUGAAAUAUAAAUUUAAUAAUAAGUAAA